AUGUCGUCCCCCUACCCCCACCCACUCCCGCCGUCAUCGGCGCCGGGAGGCUCCCCCCCGCCCUCCUCGUCUUACCCGACCUCUCGUCCGGUCAUUGACCCGCUCGCUUUCGACGAUGUGCACGGUCUCGGAGGCUCUCGAGGCGGCGCCCCUCGAACCGAGGCUCAGACCGGCGAGGACAUCACCGAAGGAUCAAACAGGCCACGCCGGACACGAUUUGAGGACACCAACGACAUUCCCCGUGUCAAGGACACGACCGGUGAGAAGGUCACCGAGUCGUUCGAGAUGUUCUUGGAAAGCUUCACCGAACAAAUCGCGUUCCCGGACACACCUGCUUCGUUCGGGGGAACGCAGAACGAUGACGAGACCAAGUUCUACAUCGAGCAGAUCCACGCCAUGAAGGAUUUCGAGUUUACGACGCUGUAUGUGGAUUUCAGCCAUCUCCUGGAUCGUGAGCCCGUUCUUGCCCAGGCGGUUCAGGUCCAGUACUACCGUUUCCUGCCAUACCUCCGCCGCGCUCUCCAGAACCUGGUGCGCAAGUACGAACCGACCUACCUCUACAUCGCCGCCAGCUUCACAGAUGCUCCCAGUGUCUCGGCGUCCUCGCUCCGCUACCGCGAGUUCUCGAUUGCGUUCUACAACAUGCCUCUGACCUCUGGCAUCCGCGACCUCCGCAUGGACAAGGUCGGCCAACUUAUCAGCAUUAGCGGCACCGUCACCCGAACCUCUGAGGUCCGACCAGAGCUUAUCAGCGGAACUUUCAAGUGCGGCGUGUGCGACACUCUCCAGUACGAUGUUGAACAGCAAUUCAAGUACACCGAGCCAAUCAUGUGCCAAAACGCCACCUGUCAAAACCGCAAGUUCUGGCAGCUCAACAUCGAGCAAUCCAAGUUUGCGGACUGGCAGAAGGUGCGCAUUCAGGAGAAUGCCAACGAGAUCCCUACGGGGUCGAUGCCUCGCUCUCUCGACGUGAUUCUGCGUGCUGAGGUUGUGGAGAAGGCUAAAGCCGGUGACAAGUGCACCUUUACUGGUACCUUCAUCGUCGUUCCCGAUGUUUCGCAGCUUGGUCUGCCCGGCGCGAAUGCGGAGAUGAUGCGCGAGAACCGUGGCCGUGGUGACGGCGGCGUCGCUAGCCAGGGUGUCACGGGUCUGAAGGCACUCGGAGUGCGUGACCUCCAGUACAAGACCGCGUUCCUCGCUUGUAUGGUGCAGAGCUCCGAUGCUCGUUCCGGCGGUGCCGACGUCCGUGCUGACCUCGACGGCGAGGACGAGGACCAAGAGGCUUUCCUGAACACUCUCACCCAGCAGGAGAUCGACGAGCUCAAGGUCAUGGUCGGAUCGGACAACAUCUACCAGCGCCUUGUGUCCAGUAUCGCUCCCACGGUGUAUGGCCAUGAGAUCGUCAAGAAGGGCAUCCUCCUCCAGCUCAUGGGUGGAGUGCACAAGCAAACGCAGGAAGGCAUUCACCUCCGUGGUGACAUCAACGUGUGCAUCGUCGGUGACCCGUCCACUUCCAAGUCCCAGUUCCUGAAAUACGUUUGUGGUUUCCUCCCCCGUGCCGUUUACACGUCUGGUAAGGCGUCGUCGGCCGCUGGUCUCACUGCCGCCGUCGUCAAGGAUGAGGAGACCGGAGAAUUCACCAUCGAAGCGGGAGCUCUCAUGCUUGCGGACAACGGUAUCUGUGCCAUUGACGAGUUUGACAAGAUGGACGUCGCCGACCAGGUCGCUAUCCACGAAGCCAUGGAGCAGCAGACCAUUUCGAUCGCCAAGGCUGGUAUCCAGGCCACGCUGAACGCUCGUACCUCCAUUCUCGCCGCCGCUAACCCCAUCGGCGGUCGUUACAACCGCAAGGCGUCCUUGCGUGCGAACGUUGCCAUGUCGGCUCCUAUCAUGUCGCGUUUCGACCUGUUCUUCGUUGUUCUCGACGAGUGCAACGAGAACGUCGACCUGCACAUUGCGCAGCACAUCGUCAACGUCCACCGCUUCCGUGACGCGGCGAUUGCCCCCGAGUUCAGCACGGAGGCCCUUCAGCGUUACAUCCGCUAUGCCAGGACGUUCUCGCCCAAGCUCACAUCUGCGGCGUCGGCUGUUCUCGUGAACAAGUACGUUCAGCUCCGCCAGGACGAGGGCGGCCCCGGAAAGUCAAACUUCCGCAUUACUGUCCGACAGCUCGAGUCGAUGAUCCGUUUGUCGGAGGCCAUCGCUCGCGCCAACUGCCAGAAUGAGAUCACGCCCAACAUCGUUCGCGAGGCUUACGCUCUUCUUCGCCAGUCGAUUAUUCAUGUCGAGCAGGACGACAUUGACUUUGACGACAAGGACAUGAACGGCCAGGCCGCUCCCCAGAUCGAGGAUGUCAUGGACCAGGAGGAGCUCGACGCCGCCGACAUGGCCGCGCUCGACCAGGCCGAGUCCAGCUACAAUGCGGUCACGACUACGGAUGGCAGCUCGAGCGUUCCUACUGCCCCUCCGUCCAAGCCCAAGAUGCGCAUCACCUACAACAGGUACAUGGAGAUCAUGAACCUGAUCGUCCUUCACCUGUCCGAGAAGGAACACGAGUUUGACUCGGUCGAGGACCUGGAACACGAGCGUGAGCUCAUCGGCAAGGCACUCUCCAAGCUCGCCAAGGACAACUACCUGCUUGAGCUUCGUGGUGAGGUCCGAGACGACCUGCCCUCGGGCGAGACCGGGGAGAGUGCGGAGACGACAUCGGAUAAGAUCCACUACGUCGUGCACCCUCAGGUCGACCUCAGCGAUCUGUCCUCAUCUGUACCCACCGUGUAA